AUGCUGAUCCCAUUUCAAAAGAGAAAAACUUUAUAUUUCUGCGUAUACCUGUCUUGCGAGAAUAUUUGGAAAGAGAAAUGGCUAUGGAAAAUCCUUCCCUUCAAAUACGACUUUGAACGCGUCAUUGAUGACUGGGUUUUCCUCUGUUUCUUCGUUGGAAAUGACUUUUUACCACAUCUCCCUUCCUUAGAAAUACGAGAAGGUGCUAUAGAUCGCCUUAUCAAGUUGUACAAGGAUAUGGUAUAUAAUAUGAAAGGGUAUUUGACCAAAGACGGGAAUGUUUAUGUGGACAGAGUUGAGCGAAUCAUGCUUGUUCUUGGAGAAGUAGAAGAUGAAAUUUUCAAACGUCGCCAGCAAGAUGAAGAAAGAUUCAAAGCAAUCCAAAAGGCUAAGAAAGCACGUCUCAGUGGAGGACGUCCACAGGCACCGUCGUAUGUACCGAGGGCUGGUUCACUAAUCGCACCGCUUUCAAAGGCCACACCUAUGAGUGGAGAAACAACCCGAAAUCUAGCUGCUACUGCUCGAAAAGAGGCUAUGCAGUACGCUGAUUCCAAGACGGACAAUAGUCCUGGAAGUAGGAAAAGGGCAGCAGAGGCUCCCUUGGAUCUUUCCGAUGAGGAACCUAAGGAUGAGGUUCGUUUAUUCGAGGCUGGUUGGAAAGAUCGCUAUUACCGAGCAAAGUUUGACGUAGGAGCGGACGAUGUCGACUUUAGAAGGAAAGUGGCAUGGGCAUAUGUCGAAGGUCUCUGCUGGGUGCUCAAGUACUAUUACCAGGGUUGUGCUAGUUGGGACUGGUAUUUCCCAUAUCACUAUGCGCCGUUUGCGAGUGAUUUUGACACCGUUUCACAGUUCAAACCUGAUUUCUCUCGACCUACCAAGCCAUUCAAACCCCUAGAGCAACUGAUGAGCGUAUUCCCCGCGGCAAGCAAGCAACAUCUUCCUUUGCACUGGCAAAAACUAAUGACGGACGAGGACUCACCAAUUAUUGAUUUGUAUCCAGUAGACUUCCGUAUCGAUCUUAAUGGAAAGAAGUUUGCUUGGCAAGGCGUUGCACUAUUGCCUUUUGUUGAUGAAGACCGCCUGCUCAAAACACUGGAAACAGUGCAACACACAUUGACCGAGGAAGAGAAAGCUCGUAAUACUACCGGUCCUGAUCGAAUAUUUAUCGGUAGAAAUCACCCGGCUUUCGACUUCUUCAAGGAACUUUACUCUAACAACAACGGAGGUGAAAACUCUGUCGACAUUGAUCCUGCAUUUACAUAUGGUAUAAGUGGGAGGAUAACUGCCGACAAAACGGCUCUUGCUCCGGAUUUGCCGUUUCCCUCUCCCGUCAAUGACAAAUCAUGUCCCGAUUUGCCGGUGAACGGAGCAUUGAUGGUUAUUUAUCAGGAUCCCCAGUAUCCUAAAGGAUUCAUUUUUCCUGCAAGGCGAUUGGAGAAUGCGAAAGAAAUACCUCGUACACUCCGAGAUUACGGCAGGACUGGCUCAGAUUAUCGUCCACAAAUAGGGUUCACCAGAGACGUACCAGGUCGAGCAAGCCUUGAUAAUUCUGCCCAUCGCUUCAUUCAGCACAACGCCAGAUCUGACAAUCGCAGCUAUGAAGGCGAUCGUAACAAUGGCGGCGGUCCAGGAAGAGGAUACGAUGGCGGAAGAGGAGGCUAUCAAGGUGGUGGCUUCAAUCGCGGUGGUUACGGUGGAGGCCAGAAUGGAGUGUACGCCAGUGGAGGAUAUCGUCAAAAUUCGUACGGGGGCCAAGCAAGGGGUUAUUCUAAUUCGGGGUAUGGUAACCAAGCGCCUCGAGGAGGAUACAGGGGAGAUCUCCCUAGAGGACGAGGUGGCGGAUACUCCGGCCCGGGUGGACAGCGUCCACCAUGGCGUUAA